CACUCAACUCUUUGCAUGAAAUGAUACCCGAAACUUUCGACUUUCAAACAGAAUAGUGAUAUCAAAGAAAAUCUUUUUGAUCGCAUCACAAUAAUCGAAAGAGAGAGUGAUUAAAGAGAAACUGUUACUUGCUUAUACGCCCUUUUGAGAAAUUGACCGAGAUUUUAUGAUUCUACUGAAAUUUAUGUGCUAACGAUGACAACAUAAAUAAAUUCAAUUGCGUUUUGUUGCGCAUCUGUUCAAUUUAAACCUGUGGUAUUAACGAAGCGAUGUACCGCUGUGAACAAGUUAAAGAAACGUCAAAGUUCGGUUACUUGUUUGCUUGUUUAUUUACGUUUUUACGCUUAGCCGGACCGGCUUCACUCACAGUUUUAAAGCUUAAUAAUUCGAGUAUUAUCUCAAUUUUUCCAAAUAUUUUUGCAGUAAACCGCUUUCACGACGACAAUGAAACUGUAUGCGCUUAGCGGGGAUCCUGCAAAACCAUGUUAUGUGUUGAGUUUCAAGGAUCUUCUUAUAAUGCUCGAUUGCGGUCUGUCAAUGAGUUCUGUUCUCAACUUCCUACCAUUGCCGCUGGUACAGAGUGCUAAGUUUAGCAUGAUGCCGAAUUGGAACUGUCGCGAUCCUGACAUCCAGUUGGAUGACGGCGAAAUUAAAGAAUGUUGUGGAUGGGCUUUUGUUAACUCAGCCCCAGAAUUCGUUCCUCCAUUGGACAAAAUUCUGAAUUUUUCAGAAAUCGAUAUAAUUCUGAUUUCAAACUACACCAAUAUGAUGGCCCUUCCGUUUAUUACCGAGGGAACCGGGUUUAGUGGAACAGUUUAUGCAACAGAGCCGACACUUCAGAUUGGAAGAUUCUUUCUUGAGGAACUUGUCGAAUAUAUUGAAGCAUCACCGAAGGAAACCGUUGCCCGUAUGUGGAAAGAUAUACAGCACUUGUUACCACAACCGCUGAAUGAUGUUUACAAGCCCAAAAACUGGCGUCAUUUGUUCAGUAUGGAUGCCGUUAACAAAAGUCUUGCGAGGGUUCAAAUGACCGGAUACGAUCAAAAACUUGAUAUUUUCGGAGCUCUCCAGGUGACCCCAGUAAGUUCGGGUUUCUGUUUAGGAUCAAGUAAUUGGAUUAUUGUAUCGGGACAAGAGAAAAUCGCCUACAUUAGCGGAUCAUCAACUUUAACUACGCAUCCACGACCAAUCAAUCAAACUGCUUUGAAGUAUUCGGAUGUCGUUAUAAUGACAGGAUUGACGCAGGCUCCACACGUCAAUCCGGAUGGUAUGCUUGGAGAGUUAUGCAUGAAUGUGGUCAUGACCUUGAGAAAUGGUGGAUCGGUAUUGAUUCCAUGCUAUCCCUCUGGUGUAGUUUAUGAUUUGUUUGAGUGUUUGUCGUCCAGUUUGGAUAACCAAGGGUUUUCGCAGAUUCCAAUGUUUUUUAUUUCUCCAGUAGCUGAUAGUUCCCUAGCCUAUUCCAACAUCUUGGCGGAAUGGUUAUCUACUUCGAAGCAGAACAAAGUGUACAUACCAGACGAACCAUUUCCACAUGCCAGUUUGGUGAAGAACGCCAAGUUGAAACAAUUCAAACACAUUUAUUCUGAGGGUUUCAGUACCGAGUUCCGGCAACCCUGCGUUGUAUUCUGUGGUCAUCCCAGUCUUCGGUUCGGUGAUGCUGUUCAUUUCGUAGAGCUGUGGGGAUCCAAUCCUCAACAUACGAUCAUUUUCACCGAGCCAGAUUUUCCGUACAUACAAGCCUUGGCUCCUUAUCAACCGCUAGCCAUUAAAACGGUUUAUUGUCCCAUCGAGACUUCGUUGAAUUUUCAGCAAGCAAACAAACUGAUCAAAGAACUCAAACCUGGAGUGUUGGUUAUCCCCGAUAAUUACACUCAGCCGCCACCAAUUGCUCCGAAUAAACAAGACCUGAUCAUUGAUCAGGUUUCUGACAAAAUGAUAAUAAAAUUCAAACGCGGAGAGGUUAUCAAACUUCCGUUCAAACGAAAACGUGCGCGUAUUUAUCUUGCUCCGCAAAUCGCUCGCACAUUGGUUCCCCACGAGGUCCAACCGGGUGUCACAAUUUCCACACUGACUGGGGUCUUACGAGUAAAAGACAAUAUUCACGAUCUGCAUCUACUGGAGCCUACGGCAGAGGAGCUGGAUGAGCAAAAAAAUGCAAAAGUGCCUCAUUUGCAGCCGCCAUCGCAGAGCCGGUAUCGCAACGUAAAAUACGAAUGGGGUACCUUGGACGUAAAUCUGUUUCUGAAAAAGCUAGCCCAGGACGGUAUCACCGAUAUCAAGGUGGAACAGGGUGGGGUAGAUGAAAUUACGCUGCACUUGCCAAGCGAGGAUACGAUGGUGAAAGUUUGCGAAAAGAGUACCAGUAUUGUGUGUGGUGGAAAGCAAAGCUUGCGGUUAAAAUUGCGCGAUUUACUGUUGCAGUGCGUGCAAAGUUUUUAGAAUAGAUUUUAUUUGUACUAAGACUUUUAGGUAUUUAGUAAUUCUAAUGUUAAUCAUAUCAUAAAUAGCUUUCAAUAAAGAAAAUCUU